CGGUGGAAGUACCCCGUUUCUUUGUUUUUUUUCGUAGGCUAAAUUGGUCUCUUUUCUUUCUCAGACGCUCAAUUAAUUGUCUCCAUAUGUGGAACAGAAUUACGGCGUGAUAUAAUUUAAAACGGUAUUUGACAAGGAUGCCCUUAGGAAGGUUCAAAGCUUUGGCAGUUUUUUCAUAACCUUCUCCAGCGUUUUGCUCCAUAACAACUGCAUCUUGAAGUUCCACAGGCAGGCCUGUGCAGGCAUGGAGACCCUGGCGGUGGAUGAUGACAUCUGCAUCCUGAAACACGAGACAGCCUACGGCACUGCUGGCGAGAGCCCCGUUUCGGUGUGUGCCGGCGAUGAGUCAGUUGCAUCUCACUUUGCCCUGGUCACAGCCUACGAGGACAUCAAGAAGAGACUGAGAGAUACAGAGAGAGAGAACACGCUACUGAGGAAGAAAGUCAAGCAGCUGGAGGACAAGCUUUUCAGGCCAGAUGCACCUCCGUCUGAGGGUCCUCAGUACGUGAACAAAGCCUUCAGUGCUUAUCGAGGUAUCUAUAUAGAGAAAGAGGACCUGCAGAUGGAGCUCAACAAGCUGAAAAAAGAGAAGAGCGAGAGUGAGCGAUUGCUGACGGAGCAGCUCCAGGCCAAAGAGUUAGAACUACUUCAGCUGAAGACGGAGAUGGAAACCAGCCAAGGUACAGUGAUGAAGAGCCUCAACAGCCCCCAGGACUACUGGAAUGUGGACCGGGCCAACAGUGAACUGAAGAUCCACCAACUGCAGGAGGAACUGGAGAGGUUAACACUGGAAAACAGCAAGCUGCUGGAGAGAUGUGAGGAACCACAUGGGCUCAGUGGACCAUACUCAGAACAGGACCAUGAUGUUGAGUAUAACACCAGGGAGAAGAGUAUGAGAGAGACCUAUGAGGCUCUGUGCUGUGAAAUCACACGACUUCACUCAGAACUGAAGCACCAAACAGGCCUGGUCAGUAAACUCAGGCCACUGCUUAAUGACAACAGACAAGCUGCCUCAACAUUUCCGAUCCAGUGUCUGGAUGACGUAGAGAAGAACAACAACCACCCAGUGCUCCGGGUGUCUGUGCCUCGCCCCCCUAGUGCCCCUCCGGUCCCCUCUAGUUCCGGCCGCCCCUGCCUCCCCAUUGCUGCCCCAUCAGAACCCCCAUUGCUGGAUGGUCUGAGGGAGGACUGCUGGUACAAUGGGCUCUGGUCCGCUCAACACUGCACCGGGGAGGCCCUGGGUGGAAGCGAUGCCUGCUCAGUUCUCCUGCCUCCCCCUCCCCUCAACCAGGCCUCGCUGGACGACAGCUCCAGGUCCUUCCCCAGCCCCCCCAAGCCCAGUGACGCCAUGUUCUGGGAGGGACACUCUGGCGCCUCCAACUCCUCCACCUCAAUGGGAAACUGCAGUCCCAGGAGCCCCCCCAAUACCGAGUGGGCCAAGCCGUUUUGAGUGAGACUUUGAUGGCUCAUGAUUUUGAUUUAAACAGACAACUUUAAGAGCGGAUGGGAGAUGGAUGGAUGGAUGGAUGGAUGGAUGGGUGGAUGGAUGGAUGGAUGGACGGACGGACGGACGGAAGGACGGACGGACGGAUGGACUCAACAAAAUGAACAACGUCUCCAACGCUGCCACAUAGCUACCACCUAACCUGCCUUAAGUUGAUAAGACCACUCCUCUGAACUGGACCUACUGGUCCUGGG